AUGGAUCAUCCCAAUGGAGAUAGAGCUCGUGAUGCAGCUCGUGGGCGGUCCACGCCUCGCUCGCCUGCCCGCACGAAUACCACAUACCCUUCAACAGAUACCGGCAGACACAGGAGCAUCGAAGGAGACACUGCGGCAGACGGAUCGAAUCAUGUAUCAAGCGCAGCAUCCAAGCGCAAAAGACUCCAGGAGAGACAUCAAGCCCUCCGGAAACGGGGCCGAACUCCGCCGUCAGUAUUCUCGCGACGCAACCGCUCUCGCAGCCCAGGCGGCGCUCCACCACGCGAAGACCGACGCUCUCGAUCGCCACUACAGCCACGUCGCUCUCCCUCCCCCGAUGCACCGCGUCAACGGAAGAGACCGGGCGGCGGAGCACGACAGGGCCUCUUAGACCGUGAAACACUACGACGCAAACAGGAGGAACGUGAGCGCGCAGAAGUGGAUGAGGCUAUGCGCAACUCUCAGCAGCGCGGUAUCUCGGACGUGGUUCGACAACACUACAACGCGGUUCCGGAGAGAGGCCGUGAGUGGCGGAAGACAGAGAGCAAGAUCAAGGGGCUACGCAGCUUCAACAACUGGGUGAAGAGUACUCUUAUCCAGAAGUUCUCCCCGGAUGAGACAUUUGUCGCGCGAUUUGAGGACAGCAAGGACUGGGCGAAUGACAGCCAAGGGCCGCCGCCUGUUGAUAAUCAAAAGCUUCUCGUACUGGAUCUGGGCUGUGGUAAGGGUGGCGAUUUAGGCAAGUGGCAGCUGGCGCCUCAGCCAGUUGACCUCUAUGUCGGUCUUGAUCCUGCCAAUGUUUCAAUUGAGCAAGCGCGGGGCCGGUACGAUCAAAUGCGCUCGGGCCGCGGCCAGCGAGGCCGACGACCACCGCAGCCAAUUUUCCAUGCCGAGUUCUAUCCGAAAGAUUGCUUUGGUGAGUGGCUGGGCGAUAUCGACAUCAUCCAGCGGGUUGGUAUCGAUGCUAAUGCCGGGCCCGGUGGAUCGAUCAUGGCCUCUCGCUAUGGCGGUGGAGGCUUUGACAUCGUCGCAUGUAUGUUUGCCAUUCACUACGCCUUUGAGUCUGAGGAGAAGACACGCCAAAUGCUCAGCAAUGUCGCGGGUUGCUUGAAGAAAGGUGGUCGUUUCCUUGGGGUUUGUCCCAACUCAGACGUCAUUACCAGCCGCGUGUCUGCCUUCCAUAAGGCGCGCAAGGAGCGCGAGGCUGCUAAACCUGUUGAACCAGAAGGCCCCGAGGAUGGUGAAGUCGAAGAGGAUGAGCGGGCCCAGUGGGGCAACGAUAUCUAUCGCGUUCAAUUCCCUGGCGCAACCCCCGAAGACGGAAUCUUCCGUCCGCCGUUCGGGUGGAAGUACAGUUACUUCAUGAAGGAGGCAGUAGAAGAGGUUCCCGAAUACGUUGUUCCCUGGGAGGCUUUCCGAGCCCUGACCGAAGAUUACAACCUAGAACUACAAUACCGCAAGCCAUUUUUGGAUAUUUGGGAGGAUGAGAAGAAUCAUCCUGAGCUGGGCCCGCUGGGUGAUCGCAUGGGCGUAAGAGACCGCGCGACUGGUGCUUUGAAUAUGACAGAGGAAGAGAAGGAGGCUGUCAGCUUCUACCAUGCAUACUGCUUCUACAAGGUAUAG